GCUUCAGGGCGGGGACAAGUGAUUGGCUCAGAACCUGGUGAAGAGGCGGUCUCCAGGCUACACCAACCCGAAUUCGGCAUCUCAGCCAAUCAGCGCUCGCUACGGACUUGGAGGGGCGUGGCAGCCAGCCCAGGGCCAAUCCGUAGCUGAGGCAGGAACAACAGGGAACGGCAUCCUCUCGCCAAUAGAAAGUGCUCAGAGGCGGGUCUCCAGUCGGUGGACGGCUACGACGCCAUGAAUAUCUUGCCCAAGAAGAGUUGGCACGUCCGGAACAAGGACAAUGUCGCCCGCGUGCGGCGUGACGAGGCUCAGGCCCGAGAGGAGGAGAAAGAACGUGAGCGGAGGGUGCUGCUCGCUCAGCAGGAGGCCCGCACAGAAUUCCUACGGAAGAAAGCCAGGCACCAGCACUCGCCACCUGAGCUCCAAGCAGCAGAGGCGGGAGCCCCCAGUUCUGGCCCUGUGGACCUAUUUCGGGAGCUGCUGGAGGAAGGGAAAGGGGCGACCAGAGGCAAUAGAGAGUAUGAAGAAGAAAAGCGACAGGAGAAAGAGAGGCAGGAGAAAGCUCUGGGCAUCCUGACCUACCUGGGCCAGAGCGCAGCAGAAGCCCAGACUCAGCCGCCUUGGUACCAGCUACCCCCACGGCAAGGGGCCCCCCAGCUCGGCCCAGGUCCAGAUGAAAAGAUCAAGAACCGCCUGGACCCUCUACAGGAGAUACAGAAGCACUUAAGGAAGAAGAGACAGCACAGUGGGGACAAUGGUGGCCAUGGCAGGAAGGGGAAGGAGAGGCCUGAGAAGCAGCGGCCUGAAGUACCCCCAUCCCUGGACCAGCUUCGAGCUGAACGUCUUCGGCGGGAAGCAACAGAACGGGCUCGGGCAGAGGCCCUGCUGGCACGAGUCCGGAGCACAACCCCCCAGGAGGAGCAGCCUGAGGAGGAGACAGAUGAACGGCGGAGGCGGUACAACUCCCAGUUCAAUCCCCAGUGGGCCCGGCGCCCCACCAGCAAGACCCCAGCGCUCACUGACUCCUGGGGGGAGAGGAGAGGCCGCAGCUGCCAGCCGUCAUAUAAAACUAUUUAUUCAUAAAUAUUUUCCAAAA